GAGGGGCUUGCGGGCGAUGUGGGGGCCCAGAACUGAGAGGCCGGGGGCGGGUUAGGCCUGGGGAGGACGGGUCCCAGCACCCGGGUGAAAGGACCCCAUCCGGCCUUCAGCUAGGGUCAAGACGCAGGCAUCUACGCCAAAAGGGAGCAAAGCCGGGCCCGGCCCCAGGCCCCCAGGACCUCCAUCUCCCAAUGCCGGAGAUUUAACCUGCAUUGUGCUGGGACCCCGUGCUAGAAGCUGAGGAUUCAAGAUGGACAAGGCAAUCCUUACCCCUCCGGAGCUCAGUCUAGCACAGCACUGCUUCUUAAUCUUGAAUAUGCUUCCUUAGGAUGGCCUGGGUGUCUUACUAAAAUACAAAUUCUGGUUCUGUAGAUCUGGGGUAAGACCCGAGACUGCAUUUCUGACAAGUUUCUGGGUGACACUGAUGAAGCUGGUUCACGAACUGCAGUUUGAGUUGCAAGUUGUGGAGGAUCCUACACUAGUCGAACAGUGGGAGGUUGCAAGCUGGAGACAAAAUCCAGGCUAAUCGCCUGGCAACUGGAGGUGGUCUCCGCCCCCCUUGCUCACUGAGGUUGCCUCCUAGGAAUCCACCACGUGACACUAUCUGACCGCAGCCUCCACUAGAAGAGCGCUGCGAGCGCCAUGGCUCCCCAGACGCCGCUCUGCCUCCCUUCCCUGCUGCUGCUGCCCCUCCUGACGCUACUGCUGCCCCAGGCAGACGCUCGGUCUUUUGUAGUGGAUCGCGAUCAUGACACAUUCCUCCUGGACGGGGUCCCCUUCCGCUACGUGUCUGGCAGCCUGCACUACUUUCGGGUACCGCGGGUGCUUUGGGCGGACCGACUUUACAAGAUGCGAAUGACUGGCCUCAACGCCAUACAGUUUUAUGUGCCCUGGAACUACCAUGAGCCAGAGCCUGGGGUCUAUAACUUUAAUGGCAGCCGGGACCUCAUUGCAUUUCUGACUGAAGCAUCUUUAGCGAACAUGUUGGUCAUCCUGAGGCCAGGACCUUACAUCUGUGCAGAGUGGGAGAUGGGGGGUCUCCCAUCCUGGUUGCUUCGAAAACCAAAAAUUCACCUGAGGACCUCAGAUCCAGACUUCCUUGCUGCGGUGGAUUCCUGGUUCGAGGUCUUGCUGCCCAAGAUAUACCCAUGGCUCUACCACAAUGGGGGCAACAUCAUUAGCAUUCAGGUGGAGAAUGAAUAUGGUAGCUACAGAGCCUGUGACUUCAGCUACAUGAGGCACCUGGCUGGGCUCUUUCGUGCACUACUAGGAGACGAGAUCUUGCUCUUCACCACAGAUGGGCCUGAAGGACUCAAAUGUGGCACCCUCGAGGGACUCUACGCCACUGUAGAUUUUGGCCCAGCUGAUAACAUGACCAAAACCUUUGCCCUGCUUCGCAAGUAUGAACCUCGUGGACCAUUGGUGAACUCUGAGUACUACACAGGCUGGCUGGAUUACUGGGGCCAGAAUCACUCCACGCGGUCCAUCCCAGCUGUAACCAAAGGACUAGCAAAAAUGCUGCAGUUGGGAGCCAAUGUGAACAUGUACAUGUUCCACGGAGGUACCAACUUUGGAUACUGGAAUGGUGCUGAUGAGAAGGGACGCUUCCUCCCAAUUACUACCAGCUAUGACUACGACGCACCCAUAUCUGAAGCAGGGGACCCCACACCUAAGCUUUUUGCUCUUCGAAAUGUUAUCAGCAAGUUCCAGGAAGUUCCCUUGGGACCUUUGCCUCCCCCCAGCCCUAAGAUGAUGCUUGGACCUUUGAUCCUGCACCUGAAUGGGGAUUUGCUGGCUUUCCUAGACCUCCUGUGCCCCCAAAGGCCCAUCCGUUCAAUCUUGCCAAUGACCUUUGAGGCUGUCAAACAGGACCGUGGCUUUAUGUUGUACCGGACCUCUCUGCCCUAUACUGUUGCUGAGCCAACACAAUUCUGGGUACCAAACAAUGGAGUCCACGAUCGUGCCUACGUGAUGGUAGAUGGGGUGUUUCACGGUGUUUUGGAACGAAACACAAAACACAAACUGUUUUUGGUUGGGCAAAAGGGGGCCAAACUGGAUGUCUUGCUGGAGAACAUGGGGAGGCUCAGUUUUGGAUCUAACAGCAGUGACUUCAAGGGCCUCUUAGAGCCUCCAAUUCUGGGGCAAAGAAUCCUUACCCAGUGGCUGAUGUACCCUCUGAAAGUUGAUAAGCUCGCAAAGUGGUGGUUUCCCCUCCAGUUGCUGAAAACACCAAUUCCGCCAACUCCCUCUGGCCCUACCUUCUACUCCACAACAUUUCCAAUUUUAGGCUCAGGAGGGGACACAUUUCUCUUUUUACCUGGAUGGACCAAGGGCCAAGUCUGGAUCAAUGGGUUUAAUCUGGGCCGCUACUGGACAAAGUGGGGGCCACAACAGACCCUCUAUGUGCCAAGACCCCUGUUGUUUGUUCAGGGAGCCCUCAACAAAAUUAUAUUGCUGGAGUUAGAAAAUGCACCUCCCAACCCUCAAAUCCAGUUCUUGGAUAGGCCUAUCCUCAAUAGCACCUUGCACAGGACAUAUGUUUAUUCCCUCUCAGAUGAUACACAAAAUACCCCUGAAUCAAUGGAGUUAAGUGGGCACUGAAUGAAAUUUCGGUAACCCUUGGUCCUGGGACAUGGAGUCGGCAGGACCCCUGGUGCUGGGCCACAGUGACCACAAGGAACCCAAGGCCAAAAGUCCUGACUGUAAGUACAAGCGCAGCUGCCUUGCAAAACUUUAUUGUGAUUAAAGUUCCAGAGACAGUACCAGCUCCACAUACUUCUGUGGCCCCGACUUUGCCCUGGCUCCCAGGUGUUCUUCACCCUCCACACACUCUCUGGCCUUGUGGGGAAGAAGAAAGCUAGGGCCAGUGUGAAUGUGCCCUCAGAACCUAGAGCUGGCCCCAGGUAGUUCUGUAAGAUCAGGAAGAGGGCUUUCCAGCUCGACAGCGAUGCUCCUGGAGACAGCGUGUGGAGCAGAACAAGAAGUCAAGGUAGUGAAAGGGAACGAGGCCUUGGAGGGAUGUCCCACAGCUCCAGCAGCGUCUGAACAAGAUGAAGAAAAAUGGCUAGACAGGUAGCCCAGAAACUUUCCAAUCCCAGCUUUCCCAAUCCCUCCUCCUGCCAUUUCAGUUUUUACCCCCAAAUUUCCCAGAACAUCUCAAAUAUCUUAAACAACCUUUGUGAAUAUUAUGCAGGCACAUAUUCUACUUGUACAAACAUUAAGAUCCACCCAGCACGCACGCACGCACGCACGCAUGCACACACACAUACCGCACAUUGCUGAUCAUCGCAGGGUCGGGGAUCCCUGGGGGAGGGGCUCCCAACUGGGCAGCCAGUCGGCGCUCUGCAGCUAGAGCUCUCUGCCAGGAGGAAAAGUUGUAUGAAGGACAAGCCCCCAGUGGCAGUGAGGGUACCCAACAAGUAACAAUGGCAGGAGACCUCUAAGGAGAUCUUACAGCGCAAGAGAAAACUCCAGCCUUACCUUCUCGCGGUCACUGAGGGCAGAAAAUCGCUGCUGCUCCUCUUGUUCUCGCUUCUCCUGCUCCUGCUGCUUUUGCUGCUGUUCCUCUCGUUGCCGCCGGGCAGCCUUCUGCUCCCGUUUCCGCGAGGCCUGCCGUGCCUCCAUUUCUGGUGUGAGUGGCCCUGGCACCUGGAGGAUUCCCGGGAAGAGACAAGAUGUAAGAUGGACACAAACUGCUUGGUAAAACGGUAACAAAGUAGGAGAGGUCUGGCCAGGCUCUAGGAUGCCUUCCCAUGCUGCCUCCUCUUCCAGCUGACCUGAGCCUUGUUGUAGUCCCAGGCAUCCGGGCUCUUCUCCAUGAACCUGCGGAACUCAUUACGUGUAGGUCUGUCAGCUGCGACCACAUAGGGUGGCCGGGCUCGGGAGUCCCUAGUGUGAAAAAAACAGAAAAGGUUCAACUUGCCACCAGCAUUUCCCAGCAUCACCCACACAGACCAAGGGGAAUACUGUCAAGUAGUCAAUGUCAACGUUAGCCUCCGGAUCAUUGCUCAACCCCAAAGGGCUUGACAUGGGGAUCCUUACUUACUGCACAGUGGGAUCAGCACCUGCCUCCAGCAGCAGACGAACCACAGCACCUCUCCCAGCUGCAGCUGCUGCAUGCAGGAGUGUGAAACCGCUGGAGCCCAAGGGGGCAUUGAGCAGAGACUGGACUCCGGCAUCUGUGGGGCUGGCAGCUAGCUGGAGCUUCAGCAUCCCAACAUCUCCAGCUCGGCAAGCAGCUAGAAGCAUGUCCCAGAGCUCUGGUUGACGAGAGGCCCCAGCCUCAUCCAAAGAGCCCAGAGAAGCUGCUUGUGCCUCAGCUGACUGUGAGAAGGCCUCAUCGUCUUGAGAUUUCUGGGGAGGAGUCACAAGUGCCCCAGCCUCCAGGUCUUGGCUUCUCUCCCUUUUAUUUCUUUUUCUCCUCUUCCGCUUGGGCAACACUUCAAACUCACGAAGAUCCAGGGUCCCCAGCGUCAACUCCACUAGUUCCAGUUCUACCUGGGAGUCAUCCUCUCUCUCUGACCCUGAACCUAGGGGAAAAGUGGGCAUAUUAGACCCAUCUAAAGAAUAAGCAGAGGGUAGAAAGAUGUGGGCUGCCCAAGUGCUUAUGAGUGUAUAUAAAGAUAGUCCAGAUGAUCUUAAAGUGUUUGUGUUUGUUACUCAAAAUAAUAUAUGAAGAGUGUCACAUGCAAAAAUGAGACUUUCAGCCCAAAGACAGACCCACCCAGAGGCAAAUGUCCAGCACCUAUGCAGACUUAGGGUGAUGUCCAACAGAGGGAAGCAUGGAGGCAGUGACAGCCAGGCAGGCCAAACAUCUGCAGCCAUGAAAGCAGCCCUUAGCCCAAAACCAGAGCAUCCAAUAAGACACGUGAACUGUGAGAUUCAUGCAACUCACAUCCAAGCAUCCACUUCGUGCAAAGACUUUUCAAGGACUGGAGAUAACAUUAAUGAACAAAAGAGAUUACAGAUUUAGACAGGUCAGUAAACAUGUCUCGGUGACUGCUAUCAUACACCCCUAUCAUAAACAGAUGUGUGUGUGUGAAGGUGUGUGUGUUGCACAGGGAGGU